AACCCACCCCUUUUUUGCGUCUGAUGUGGCAUUUUUAUGCUGAGAUGGACAAGCCACCUGGACAAAUCAUCCUCAGGCAAUGCCCGGUACUGCCGCCGACGUCAACCAGGCGUUGGAUCCCAUCAAACCCACUUGUACGCCGGCUCACCGUUCACCUUCACGAAUGGUUCCGAUGUCAGAUCCACCACCGCCUCGUGAACCAAUGGCCAUGUCUUUAUAAGGACCCGGCGACUCAGGAAGUGGUGUACGACAGAGAUCAGGGGGUUCUUGUCCCUCCGCCUCAUUCUGGCGGCCGAGCAACGUCUCCCAAAAUCGAACAGCUGAGAUAUUUGUUUAUCUCCACGAGAGCCAUAGCGGAGUCGAGGAGAUUGAUUGAGCACAAUGAUCUGACCAGCGCGAAUCACCUGUUGGCUUCGUCUCGAGCAUUGCUGGUUCAGUCAAACUCAAUGUUGGCUGAGGAGUACAUAAGAGCUCUGGAGGCAGAGCUAGCGGAAUUGCAAUGGAGGAGACAACAGAUGGUGGAAGUCCAACGGAGGAGGACGAACGAGAGGGAGGCAAUGCCAGUCGUGAUGGGCGAGAAUGGGGAGCCGCUUACGCCGACAUCCGCUUGGAGAGCGGCCGAGAAGCUAGCUAAGGUAGCCAUCAUGAAGAAGUUGAUGAAUCGAGUUAGCGAUUUGCACGGCUUCGAAAAUGCUAGAUUUUAGUUUUUUUUUUUUCCUUUUUUUUUUCUAAAAAAAAAGAAGAAGAAAUCAUGUGAAAAAAAAAAAAA